AUGAGGAUGGAAGGAGUUCCCUUGGAAUUCAGGAAAAGGAGUCACCCUUCAGACCUCGAAGAUAAUAUUUUGGAGUCAAUAUUGGAACGAAAUCCACGUCCAAACAACGAGAAAGUUAGCAGAGAAGCGCAAGACGUCACAAUCAACUACUUUUGUUUGCUAAUUAUCAACGCUCGGCCACAUGGGAGUGAGCGUAGUUUUGAGUCAACGUCGCCUCCACCACCGCCUCCACCACCACCGCCACCACAGGAACCGGCCAGUUGCUCUGUUUCUGAGUUUUCGAUGGAUUGUUCAUGA